UCCAGCCCUUUAAAAGCCAGGUCUUCACCUUACCCAUGGCAGUUAUUUCAAACUCCACACGCAAAACGCAGGAGACGGAAAAGAAGCAGCAGAGAAGAGAAACAGGACGAGUACUUAAGAUUCAUUGUGCAGGUAUGAGUAAUCGCUCCAUCGCCUGGUGGCUCAGACAGAUCGGCCUGCCGCAGUAUGCACAGACCCUGGAGAGAGAGUAUUAUGGGCUGGAGGGUCUUUUGAUGGUUACUGAUGCUGAACUGAUCUCCAUGGGUGUCGAAGAUGCUGAUCACAGAAUGACCAUAUUAACUAAUCUCCAAAAACACCAACAGAGCUUACAGCCAGGCCCACCCACUAUUGAGGUUCUGGCCCCACCGCUGACACACGCAGAGCAGUUCCUGGCUAAAGGAAAGAAAGUAAACAGGAAGUUCUCUCUCAGUUCUUCUGACCUGUUUCGCCAGAGCAUCAUCCCUCGCCUUAGUCGCCGUGACAACCACACUCUCUCCAUCUCCUGCUCCAAUCUCCACCCACUCAAUGAUCGCCAUCAUACCCUUACCCUCAAACCCAAACACAGCAAGAGAAGGAGUGUGGGAGUCUUCAUCGCUCAGGUGUUUUCGAACCGUAAGGACAUGGACUCUCUAAAAAAAGAGCUGGAAGAGGAGCUUAAGCUCAGCACUGAUGAUAUCAGAAGUCAUGCCUGGUAUCACGGGCAGCUACACAGAGAGGAAGCAGAGGACCUGUUAAAAAAUGAUGAAGAUUUCUUGGUGCGAGAUUCUAGCACAAGUGGAGGUGAUUACGUCCUGAGCUGCAUGUGGAAAAAACAGCCAAUGCACUUCAAAAUCAUCCGCAUUGUCCUCCGACCAAAACAGGGCUACGCGAGGGAGCUGUUUCAAUUUGAGAAUGAUCAGUUCGACAAUAUUCCAGCUCUGGUUCGCUUUCACGUCGGUGGGCAUCGGGCAAUAUCGCAGGCUUCUGGAGCUGUCAUCAGUCACCCUGUCACACGCACCCUUCCACUGCGACUCAUCAAUGAGCGUCGGGCAGGGAGGCCAUCAAGCACAAGUUCUGCACCAGCGCCUCGAUGGUCAGAAGAGAAGGGCAAGAGGAGGAGUCUAAGCUCCACACAUAUGGACAUGCUUCAGGUCAACAAUUACAACCUGCUCAGAAGUGGCAGUCAGCCUGCUAAUCUAGAGACAGUUGGAAAACCGUCUCUACAGUCAGCGCAAUCAGACAGCAAUCUUCGUCCAGCUGUACCCCAGAGCACUCCAGCACCGGAUCCUCUCUCCCCGGUGUUCCGUACAGGCAGCGACCCGUUACUUAGCCCUAGCUCCACCCACUCACACAAUUCCAGCCAAUUAACAACAGGAGGUUGCACACUCCGUGGUUCUGAUGGACAGCUGCAUUCUCGGGCUCCACCCAAACCGUUCAGAGUUUCCGCCCUGUUUUCAGCAAACUCGCCACCCAUACCACGGAUCUCAGUCAACCCCGCCUCAGUCUAUGAUGAACUCGUGCCUCAGAUCCCUCAGUCAAUGCUGCCCAAAGGUCCAGCAGCUCGUCUCCGUGCUCAGGAAAAAUGGAACAGCCGGGCGCGGAUCACAGAGACCAGCUUUGCUUUUCUCGAGGCAGAGAAAGAUGAGGAAGAAAAUGAAGCAGGGGUGGAGAAGGAUAAGAGGGACAAAGUGAUGGAGGUAGCAAAAAACAGAGACGACUGGCGAUUCCUCCGCCCUGAGAAAGAAACAACAUCUUCCAUUCAGCUGGAUUCGUUCCGCUCGCUGCUGCUGCCCGACAACAACCGUCCGCUGGAGCAGGGUGUACUACACACACUCAAAGAGCUGUUCGCCUCCACUGACGCCAACACAACCGCUUUGCACAUGCUCAGUGUGGACUGCCAGGUGGCACGUGUGACCGGUGUAACAGAAGAGCAGAAGAGGAUGAUGGGCGUGAACUCAGGACUGGAGCUCAUCACACUGCCACAUGGGAGCCAGCUCAGACAGGAUCUGCUGGAAAGACAUCACCUGUUAGCGCUGGGUGUGGCCAUAGAUGUGCUGGGCUGCACAGGCUCUGUCAUUCAGAGGGCACUGGUCCUUCAUAAGGUUAUCCAGUUGGCUCAGGCUUUGCGUUCUACUGCUCAAGACCUCUACGCCUUCAGUGCUGUCAUGAAGGCUCUUGAGUUCCCGCAGAUAAUCCGGUUGGAGAUGACGUGGCGAGUGUUGAGGAGGAACCACACCGAGAGUGCUGUGAUGUUCGAAAAAAACCUGAAACCCUUCAUGAAGGCACUCGCUGAGGGUGAUGAGUCAGUGGUAUCUGGUCCUGUGUCGUUGCCUCACAUGGUGCCAUUGAUAAAACUGAUGGAAGGAGAGGAUGGAGUGGAGAACAGUGAGAGAGGUUGCCAGGUCCUCUACAACAUCCUACAGUCCUCACGCCGUACCGCUAAUCAUGCUAACGACUACCAACAACACGCACACCAACUGCUAUCAGCAGGUUGGGAGCCAAUCCCGGAGCUGCUGGAGGUCUUCCACACCGAGUUUGCUCUGCGUUUGUUCUGGGGUCAUGCCGGAUCUGUGGCAGGCAGAAAGGAACGCUAUGACAAAUUUGACAAGAUCCUCACCGUCCUCUCCAACAAACUGGAGCCUGCUCAAACCUCUGAAGUCUGACCUUCAAAUGACCUCACACCAUGACUGUGACUGAGGUGACAGGAACCAGGACAUCAGAUCCUAACAGAUUACACUGAUUGGAUGAAAGACAUGGACAGCUUUUUUUCUGCAGCUGGGAAAAAUCUUUCUCUGAUUGGAUGAAAGUGGUGAAAAGGCUUUCUUUUAUUGGAUGAAAGCACGGGAAAGGUUUUCUCUGAUUGGAUGAAAG